AUGAGUGAGCGGAUUUUGCCGUCGACGUUGCGUGGAGUAACUAAUGGGCAAAAGGAAGUUACCGCUUCUGUGGGUGAAAGGGUCCCGCUAUUACCACGGAGAUUUAGCGCACGACCGCAAGGCAAUCAAGAGGCUCAAGAAAGAACUGCAGUGAAAUGCGAGCAAGUGAGGUAUGCAAUUCAAGAAGUGAUUGGCAGAGGAGCGUUUGGCGAAGUUUCAUCUGCUGAGGUUGUGGGAACGAGAGAUUUAGUCGCCAUUAAAAGGGUUAUUCAUGACGGAAGGCUGCGACAGAGGGAGUUGACAUUAAUGCGUGACCACCUCGGCCCAAAUACGCAACAGGGAGGCGUGUCUUCAUUAGAUGUUGGAAAUGGGGUGGGUGCUCACGCCACAUCAGUAACUGGAAGCAAUGGGGAGGAGGCAAAUGGUACCACUGCAAUUGAUGGCUUAGAAAGUUGGAAUAUGCCAACGAUCGUGCCGUACCACCCGUGCGUUGUGAAGCUUCUGGAUCAUUUCUUCGCUUCUGAUCCCAGUGGGGUUCAGUACUUGUUUAUGGUGAUGGACUACAUCCCUUUGGAUGUGCGCCGAUUACAUCAUAUGUUUUUGAGGCAACGGGAACAACAAAUGCCAAUUAUACUCGUGAAGGUAAUAAUGUUCCAGCUUGCCAGGGCUCUGGCAUUUCUCCAUGCACGUGGAAUAUGCCAUCGUGAUGUUAAACCCAACAAUAUACUCGUUGAUCAGGAAACUGGCGUCGUGAAGCUAUGUGACUUUGGUAGUGCCAAGAAGAUGCAGGCUGUUGGAGGAGAGGGACCACGAGAAAAGAACGUUCCCUAUAUUUUUUCCCGGUAUUACCGCGCUCCUGAACUUCUACUUGGUUCGCAAUAUUACCAUUUUCAUGUAGACAUGUGGGCCUUUGGGUGUGUCCUAGCGGAGCUUCUGUGCGGGAAGGUGUUGUUUAAGGGCAGUAGCAGUACAAUGGACCAAUUAGUGGAGAUAAUUAAAGUACUUGGAAAACCAUCUGAGCGGGAACUCUUCGCGCUCAAUCCACAGAGUGCUGGAAGUGCAUUAAUACGGACAUGGGGAGAUUCGCACAACGCCUCACAGUUGUCACCAACUCCAUCAGGCCCCCUGCCCUCUUCCAACUCAGCAAACGCAGAUUAUAUGCAGCGACGUUCGGCACCCCGUGUAAAAUCUUUACUGUGGGUGGAAGUACUACCACCCAAUACUUCGCAGGCCGCCCUGUCACUUAUUGAGCAACUUCUGCGCUAUACGCCAGAGGAACGACUUACCUCCGCUGAGGUUUUAGAACACGUGUUUUUUGAUGAACUCUUUUCGGAUGAUGCCCGCCUGCCUAACGGGGCGCCGCUUCCCGCAAGUAUGUUUCAAGUGACGCGAGAAGAGGCGGAGAUUUUACCACCGUGGCUGCUGGAGCGCAUGGCGGCGGCGGAGGGAGUUGCAAAAGGACGUGAGUUAAAUCAAAGUGCGACGGCGCCGGAGAAUGCGAUAUAA